AUGGCGUCUAAUGCGAGUGGCGAUCACGACCUUCAAGACCUCAAAGCCAAAGCUGAGAUCGCCGAGUUUGUCGAAGAUGCCCUUCCUCAGGAGCAUCAGGAGUACAAGAAACGCGAGGCUCGGCUAGUCGCCAAAUUAGACAUCUACUUGGCACCGAUUCUGAUGCUUUUGACGUUGAUCAGCUUCUUGGACAGAGGAAAUAUUGGCUACGCCGCUUCCCAGGGUAUGAUCGUCGACAUCGGCCUCAAAGGCAACCAGUUGAAUAUCGCCAUUUCCAUCUUCUACGUAUUCUACAUCUUGGCUGAAGUGCCCUCUUCUCUCCUUGCCAAACGCCUACAAUUCAACAGAGUCAUCCCCGCUGUCACUGUCUGCUGGGGCGCAGUCUGCUUGGGCAAUGGAUUCAUCACAGGCUUUCCCAGUCUUGUAGCCUGCCGCUUGCUACUAGGUCUCUUCGAAGGCUUCUUGUUCCCGUCUUCUGUUCUCUUGAUGGCAAACUGGUACAAGCGUGAGGAACUCGGCCAGAGGAUCUCAUAUCUUUAUAUUGCUGCCGCCCUGUCAAGUGCCUUCGGUGGUCUGAUCGCGUUUGCCAUCCUCUACAUGGACGGAACAGCUGGAAAGCAAGGUUGGCAAUGGCUCUAUAUUAUUGAGGGCAUUAUCACAAUUGUCAUUGGCGUCAUGUGCUUCUGGCUCAUCCCUAAGGACUACCAGACUGCAUAUUUCCUCAACGCAGAAGACCGAAUCAUUAUGAAGCGACGAGCCGAAUUGACAGAAUCCUACAACGGCGGUCAAGGCCACUACACGAGGAAAGAUUUCAUGUUGGCUGUAGCCGACGUCAAGACCUGGCUCCAUGGAGGUAUCCAAUUAGCGGUGAUGACAGUCGUGUACGGCUUUGGUGUCUUCCUUCCCAUUAUUAUCAAGACAGGGUUCCAAUACUCAACCAAGCAGGCACAAUACCUCGCAAUCCCAGUUUUCCUCUGGGGCGCCAUAGUUUACGCAAUCGGUGGCUUCCUGUCAGACAAAUAUCAGAAGCGUUUCCUUCUGGUCGUCGCGGCCGCCCCUUUUGGAAUGGUGGGCUAUUCAAUCCUGCUCGCUUAUGACCGCGUGUCUGUCGGGGUUCAAUAUUUCGCAACCUUCUUAAUCUCGACCUGCAUCUUCCUAUGUGGCGGAGGAAACAUGGCCUGGCUCUCUUGUAACUCCGCUCCGGAUGGGAAACGGGCUGCUUCGGUUGGCAUAACGUUGACUCUGACUAAUAUCGGCGGUAUUGUCUCCGGACAGAUCUACGUCGUAAAGCAAGCUCCUCAGUAUCGACUGGGCCAUGCAUGGUGCCUUGGGUGUCUUCUCCUCGCGUGGAUCGGCUGGUGCGUGUUAAGAUAUAUUUAUAAUGUCCGCGAACACGAGAAGGAUAAGGCUAUUGGGGAAGGAGUUGCAACGCCGCCAGGAGAUUUCUCCGAUCGUGCGACCACCUAUAGGUACCAGCUCUAG